CUAUCUAUUGUUGAUCAAAGUUUUUGUAUUCUUGCUGAAUGGAAAAACACUUUGUUGUGUUUGGUUGUGUGUAAGGGGCAGGACGUCUCCUAUAGCCCUCGCUGCAAAAGCGCCUGACGCUUCCCUUUUCAUCUGGAGAUGUCUGAGAUAAGAGAGACUGAAGGCUUCAGCAUGGCGGCUGGGCUGCUGCUCCUCUGCUGGGUUUGUACUCUGAGAACAUCUCUCUCGGCUGUGGUGACUCAGUCCCCUGAGUUCAUUACUGCAUCCGUCGGUGACUCUUUCGCAAUAACAUGCACUCAGGACUUGCCGAUUUCAUAUUGUUACAACUCAGUAACCUUGCAUAAAGUGAACCCUAGAACUGGAAAACUGACCGAAGCCAGAAAAAAUGAGGAAAAGUUAGAAGAUAAUAGACGAUCAUGUACCAGAACAAUAACUGAUGCCAGAGUUCAAGACUCAGGCAUUUAUUACUGCAUAUCUAUGCAUGACAAAAUUAUUUUUAUCGGAUCUGGAACCAGAGUCGUCAUUACAGAUAAGAGUCCGUUAAAGCCGUCUAUCGUUCUGUACACACCGAUGGAGGUGGACACUCCGACUGUUCUCCUGCAGUGUGUGGUGAUGAAUGCCGUUCCGUCUCAGAUCAGGGUUUCGUGGUUAAUUGAUGAAGACGAGCGCACAGGAUGGACAGAAUCAGGCUGGACAGGACAUGGCGAUUCAGCCUCAGAAUACACUCGAGCUCAGAUCCUGAUUCCUGUAGAGGAAUGGAGGGAAGCGGCUCAUGUCAUCGAGUGUGUGGUGACUUAUGGAAACGAGAGCAUGUCGCAAACUCUGCAGAGACAAAGACGUCAUUCAGACCCUACAUGCCUGUGGCUGCUGUACGGGGGCUGCGCUGUCGCCGUUUUCACCAUCGUCGUGGCGAUCACUGUGGCUCUGUGUUUACGUAAAGAGAAGCGACAAACUUUUCCAGUUAAAAGGCCUUGUGCAGGCGUCGAUACUCAACGUAAACACCAGACUCAGGGAAAACAGGCCACACUCAGGACGAAUCUAGAGAAGCCUUGUCAAGUAUCGGUACAGUAUCCAACCCUGUAUACACCACACUCACAUCACACGCUUUUACACUUACUGAUGGCUGAUUCUCAUGUUUUCAUUUCCUUGCAGGAAGUCGAAUAUUCCUGUUUGAACCCUGAGAUCUUCAAACAGCAACCAAACGCUCCACCAUUAGAAUUAGAUUAGCAAAAGAAACAAUUAGAGCAUGUCUGGUAUUUUAAUCAUUUUUAUAUGCACACAGCACAUUCACUUGACUUUUUUAUGGUACUGUAAUGUCUAAAUUAUGUUUUUAAUUUAAAUCCUUCCAUCCAUGAUCUCGACCGCUUAUCCGUCAGGGUCAUGAGGGAAGCUGGAGCCAAUCCCAUCUGACUUCGGACGAGAGGUCAAUCUAUCCCAGGGUUAAUGCAUAAUCGAACAAGCAUCACACUCACAUUUACACCUCUGGGCAAUUUAGAGUAGCCAGGAGACUGAAUCCACGUGUAUUUGGACUGUUGGAGGAAACCAGAGCACCCUGAGGAAACCCACACAGGCAUGAGGAGAACAUGAACUGCACACCACAUGGCUCAAACCCAGAACCUUCUUGCUGUGAGGCGACAGUGACAGUGAUAACCACUGCAUCACUGUGUCGCCCUGUUUUCAUUUAAUUAAUAAAUUAAUUAAAAAAUAUAUUAAUCCAGA